GAGUCCAUCGAGACAAAGUUUUCAGAACGCAACUUUCAUUCUUGGUCAUUUUUGUGGGCAACUUGUUCCCUACUGCACGACUUUGAUGCUAGUGUAUUUUUGGAUGAAGAAAAAGUUUAUAGGAAUUAGAGUUAAUACUAUGAUUAGUUUUCGCAAUACAUUUAUUCUACUUUUAUUCUACAUCUGUCAAUGCGAGGCACAAAACGUUUUAGCUUCUUUUACAGCUGAAGUAGGUGCUGGAAAUUACAGUUAUUAUAAACUUGAGGAGGCUGGAGAUGUUACUCUCAUUUUAUCUUCGAUAGAAGGAGACGCUGAUUUAUAUAUAUCAGAAGGUACAAUUCAUCCAGAUUAUAUGAAUUAUGAUCUAUCUUCAGCAACCUGUGGGAAUGAUAUUGUGACUAUUCCAAGUACUUUUAAAAGACCAACUGGAAUUGGUGUUUAUGGACACGUACAUUCACCUAUCUCAAAAUACAAGUUAGUUGCCGUCCUUAACUACACGACAGCAAGUGACACUUUCAAAGGAACUAUAGAUGUUGAGUACCUGAAUGAAGAUGGAUCAGGAAGCUUUUUUUCAAGUUUUUUAUGGGAAGUGCUAGAAACCUUACUUAAAAUUUUGAUUGAGAUAAUUUUGUAAUAAAGCCUGCUAGUUGAAAAAACUUAAAUUGUUUGUUACAUGUGGUGUCAGCCUUUCUAAUUCGAUUUUUUUAACAUUGGCAAAAAAUUGCCAACGUGAAAUACCAUUUGGCUAGGAGAGAAAACAAAAGCAAGGCUGUUGUAGGUUUAAGUUACAUAUAAUAGAAAAAUCAUGUCUGCAAAAAGUUACUAACAUGAAUCAGGAAUAUUUGUGAACAUGUCAUUAUUGGCUUCAGUGAUUGCUGAGUGCCAACCUAAAUUAAAAAGUUUGGGUGUAUAUUUAGGUUGUUACGUCUGACAUCAUGUGUAUUUAUAUAUCAACAGGUAAAUGUUCUUGAGAAUUCAGACAAAAUGUUGUAAUUUCAGUAAUGCGGAUUAAGACUGGUAUAUACAAGAAUAGGCCUUUGAAGAGUUUCAUGUCCAGGCAUUAUAUGUUUUGGAGGAAAUAAGAAAUUGGACUGUUUAAAUUAAUCAACAGUAGUUAAUUAUUUCUUUCCCAUUUGUAUUCUAUCUGUCUGUUAAAAAUGGUUGCACUGAUUUAUUUCAGACCUUGUAAAAGUAAUUUCAUUAUUUAUUUCAUGCUUGAAAUGAAAUAAAUAAAUCCAUGGAUUCCUGAGGAUUUUCUUAUAUAAAUGUAUCAACCAUAUUCAGAAACAGAUGUAGAUAAACUUUAAUGACGAAUGUUGUCUUGAUUUUGUUUUUAAAAUGUCAACAUGAAAAGCUGUGUUACCUACAGCCUUUUUAAUUCACAUUGGCAAUUGCAAAUAGUAAUAAUAAUAGUUUAAUUUAUUUGCUUCAAGGGAUUAAGAAAAUGGUUCCAAUUAGCAAAUGUUCCAUUUAUCCAGGGUUCCACGUUCCAAAGAAAUUAAGAUGGUUUGAUAAGAAAUCUAAGGGACCAGGAAAAAGUGUUCAACUUAAUGAAACUUAUAUGGGGUUCAACAUAUCGAGCAGGAACUGUAUAUACAUUUUUAGGUGCUAUACACUGACUGUGUGAAGGAGCAUAUAAAGUAUAUAUUUUUUCUCAAAAAUUUAACUGUUAAUAAAGAUUAAAGCAUGUUUUUGCAUAUUCAAAAUUUUUUUUUAACAUAUUGAACCUGCUAAAAUAAAUUUUGGAAUCCACAAUUUUUUACAUGUGUUUCAAUAGAACUGUUUUUUGUUUUGUUAACAGUGAGAAAUUUUUAGUAUUCACCAGAGUGGAACGUUGCAAAUUAUUUUGUUUCAAAUGUAUAUUCUCUGUUUUAUUAUGCAUUUGGUAAAUUGUUUUUGUGUUUUCCCUCUAAUAUAUCUUGUUUAUUAUUUUUAAUUUAACUUUGUAUAUAUAUACAAGAUCCAACUUGGAUCAGUUAGUUUUGUUUGAAACCCUACAAGAGCGAUGAAUAAUUGUACACAUGUAUUUUAAUAAGUCAAUAAACAAUUGUUUUUUUCGGACAAAUAGAUUGCAUGUUGUGAACAACCA